CGGCAAGAGGGGGCGACAGCGGUUGAGGUGGUGGUCCAACGCGUGCUCUCUGGGCGGGUGCGGCGGGGGAUGUGCCUGCCCAGGCCGGGCGGAGUCUCUCUGACAGGGCGGGGGAUGCGCGGCGGCCGCUCGCCCGGACCCUAAGGCAGCUGGGCCCAAUCUCCCGAAACCCUCCGACCCUCGGUCGUCUCGGCCUCUGCUGUCUCCUCCGGCCUGACCCUGGGGCUGAGGUUGGCAGGCGGCUUCCGCCGAAGAGGAGGGGGCUGCGGUGGCCACCGCGGCGGAGCCCGAGCAGUUCUUUUGCCACGAAAAUGAUUUGUGCAGUCUUGAACACAUACUAUCCAUGCUGAUGGGACAGGAUCCAAUAUGAAUAUAAAUGAUGGAGGAAGACGACGCUUUGAGGAUAAUGAACAUACAUUACGUAUAUAUCCUGGGACAAUUUCAGAAGGGACAAUCUACUGUCCAAUUCCUGCCAGAAAAAACUCCACAGCUGCUGAGGUGAUUGACUCUCUUAUAAACAGACUUCAUCUUGACAAAACAAAAUGUUAUGUUCUAGCAGAGGUAAAAGAAUUUGGUGGAGAAGAAUGGAUACUCAAUCCAACAGACUGUCCAGUUCAGCGAAUGAUGUUGUGGCCCCGAAUGGCUCUGGAAAAUCGCCUGAGUGGAGAGGACUACCGCUUUCUUCUGAGAGAAAAAAACCUUGAUGGAUCAAUCCAUUAUGGUAGUCUUCAGUCAUGGCUACGGGUAACAGAAGAACGUCGCAGGAUGAUGGAACGGGGUUUUCUUCCACAGCCUCAACAAAAAGACUUUGAUGAUUUAUGUAGCUUACCUGAUUUGAAUGAGAAAACUCUCUUAGAAAACCUACGAAAUCGCUUUAAGCAUGAAAAAAUUUACACCUACGUUGGCAGUAUUCUAAUAGCUAUUAACCCAUUCAAGUUUCUUCCUAUUUAUAACCCCAAAUAUGUCAAAAUGUAUGAUAACCACCAAUUGGGAAAACUUGAGCCUCACAUUUAUGCUGUGGCUGAUGUAGCUUAUCAUGCCAUGCUUCAGCGCAAAAGGAAUCAGUGCAUCGUGAUUUCAGGAGAGAGUGGUUCUGGGAAGACUCAAAGCACAAACUUUCUUAUUCAUCACCUUACUGCCCUCAGUCAGAAAGGAUUUGCCAGUGGAGUGGAACAAAUUAUUCUUGGAGCUGGACCAGUACUUGAGGCCUUUGGAAAUGCAAAGACAGCUCAUAAUAACAAUUCAAGUCGUUUUGGCAAGUUUAUUCAAGUAAAUUACCAAGAAACAGGCACUGUACUUGGUGCCUAUGUUGAAAAGUAUCUACUGGAGAAGUCCAGACUUGUUUAUCAAGAGCAUAAUGAACGGAACUAUCAUGUAUUUUAUUACCUCCUGGCAGGAGCAAGUGAAGACGAGAGAUUAGCAUUCCAUCUUAAACAACCGGAAGAAUAUCAUUAUCUCAAUCAGAUAACAAAGAAACCCCUCAGACAGAGCUGGGAUGAUUAUUGCUAUGACUCUGAGCCGGAUUGCUUCACAGUGGAGGGUGAAGAUUUGAGGCAUGACUUUGAACGCUUACAACUAGCCAUGGAAAUGGUAGGAUUCCUUCCCAAGACACGAAGACAGAUUUUCUCUCUUCUCUCAGCAAUACUACAUUUGGGUAAUAUCUGUUAUAAAAAGAAGACAUACCGGGAUGACUCCAUAGAUAUAUGUAAUCCUGAAGUUCUGCCUGUUGUCUCAGAAUUAUUAGAAGUUAAAGAAGAGAUGCUAUUUGAAGCACUAGUUACAAGGAAGACCGUGACAGUGGGAGAAAAGCUUAUUUUACCAUACAAACUGGCAGAGGCUGUAACAGUGAGGAACUCCAUGGCUAAGUCUUUAUAUAGUGCCCUGUUUGACUGGAUAGUUUUUCGGAUUAAUCAUGCACUUAUGAAUAGUAAAGAUUUGGAGCAAAAUACCAAGACUUUGUCUAUUGGUGUUCUUGAUAUUUUUGGAUUUGAAGAUUAUGAAAAUAACAGCUUUGAACAGUUCUGUAUUAAUUUUGCUAAUGAACGCUUACAACACUACUUUAAUCAGCAUAUCUUUAAAUUGGAGCAGGAGGAAUAUAGAGCUGAAGGUAUCAGCUGGCACAAUAUAGAUUAUAUUGAUAAUACCUGUUGCAUAAAUCUUAUUAGCAAGAAACCAACAGGCCUGCUCCAUCUUUUGGAUGAAGAAAGCAACUUUCCACAGGCUACAAAUCAAACACUGCUGGACAAAUUUAAGCAUCAACAUGAAGAGAAUUCUUACAUUGAAUUUCCAGCUGUGAUGGAGCCUGCUUUUAUUAUAAAGCAUUAUGCCGGGAAAGUGAAAUACGGGAUAAAGGAUUUCCGGGAAAAAAAUACAGAUCAUAUGCGCCCUGACAUUGUAGCUCUUCUGAGAAGUAGCAAGAAUGCCUUUAUCUCUGGGAUGAUUGGAAUUGAUCCUGUAGCUGUUUUCCGUUGGGCAGUUCUCCGAGCUUUUUUCAGAGCUGUUAUUGCUUUCAGGGAAGCUGGGAAAAGAAACAUUCAGAGAAAAACUGGACAUGAUGAUACAGCGCCAUGUGCAGUUUUGAAAAGUAUGGAUAGUAUUAGCUUUCUCCAACACCCAGUCCACCAGAGGAGCUUAGAGAUUCUGCAGAGGUGCAAGGAAGAGAAGUACAGUAUAACUCGGAAAAAUCCCAGAACACCUCUUUCUGAUCUCCAGGGCAUGAAUACUCUAAAUGAAAAAAACCAACAUGAAACAUUUGAUUUUGCCUGGAAUGGCAGAACUGGGAUUCGCCAGAGCAGACUAUCCAGUAACACCUCCUUGCUUGAUAAAGAUGGAAUAUUCGCUAAUUCAGCUAGCAGCAAACUCUUGGAGAGAGCCCAUGGAAUUCUCACGAGAAACAAAAAUUUCAAAUCCAAGCCUGGCCUUCCAAAGCACUUGCUAGAAGUAAAGUCUUUAAAGCACCUGACAAGACUGACCCUACAGGAUCGCAUUACCAAGUCUCUUCUUCAUUUGCACAAGAAGAAGAAACCUCCCAGCAUCAGUGCCCAGUUUCAGGCCUCAUUAAGCAAGCUGAUGGAAACACUUGGUCAAGCAGAACCAUAUUUUGUAAAAUGCAUUCGCUCUAAUGCCGAAAAGUUGCCAUUAAGGUUCAGUGAUGCCUUGGUACUUAGACAGCUUCGGUACACUGGGAUGCUGGAGACAGUUCGAAUUCGCCAAUCAGGAUACAGCUGCAAAUAUUCUUUCCAGGAUUUUGUGAGCCAUUUCCACGUACUUCUUCCCCGAAAUAUUAUUCCAUCCAAAUUUAACAUUCAGGAUUUCUUCAGGAAAAUAAAUCUUAAUCCAGAUAAUUAUCAAGUUGGAAAAUCCAUGGUGUUCCUAAAGGAGCAGGAACGACAACACCUACAAGAUCUGCUUCACCAAGAGGUGCUCCGCAGAAUCAUAUUGUUGCAGCGAUGGUUCAGGGUCUUGCUGUGUAGGCAGCAUUUCCUCCAUCUGAGACAGGCAUCCGUUAUCAUCCAGCGAUUCUGGAGGAAUUACCUAAAUCAGAAGCAAGUCAGAGAUGCAGCUGUGCAGCAGGAUGCUUUAGUUAUGGCUAGUGCAGCCACUCUUCUUCAAGCUUCCUGGCGUGCUCACUUAGAGAGGCAGCGGUAUUUGGAGCUCCGGACUGCAGCCAUCGUCAUCCAGCAGAAAUGGAGGGAGCACUAUAGGCAGAGGCACAUGGCUGCUAUCUGCAUACAGGCGAGAUGGAAAGGCUACAGGCAAAGUAAGAGGUAUCAAGAACAAAGGAACAAAAUUAUCCUUUUGCAGUCACUAUGUAGAGGAUUCAGAGCAAGACAAAGAUUUAAAGCUUUAAAAGAACAAAGACUAAAAAAAACAAAACUAAAACUUGGAUUGGCAAAUAUCAAGCCAUAUGGAACUCUGGAAAUUCACGGUUCAGACCCUUCAGAAUGGGAGGAUUGUUCAUUUGACAACAGAGUAAAAGCCAUAGAGGAAUGUAAAUCUGUGAUAGAGAGUAAUCGAAUUAGUCAUGAAAGUUCAAAAGACUGCUUGAACAAGUCCCCAAACAAGCGACAGGAGAGAGCCAGAAGUCAAAGUGGUAUGGACUUGCAGGCAGAUGUGACUGUAAGAGAGAGACCCAAGUCCUUGGAAGAUCUCCACCAGAAAAAAGUGGGUCGGGCCAAAAGAGAAAGUCGGAGAAUGAGAGAACUAGAGCAAGCUAUAUUUAGUUUAGAAUUGCUGAAAGUCCGUUCUCUUGGUGGUGUGUCUCCUUCAGAAGAACGUAGGUGGUCUACAGAACUGAUGCCUGAGGGCCUUCAGUCUUUACAGGGUACACCUGAUAGUGAAAGCUCUCAAGGAAGCUUGGAACUUCUGAGCUGUGAGGAAAGCCAAAAAAGCAAACUAGAGCCCAUAAUUCUAGAUGAAGGAGAUGUACCGUUUCUGUCACCUAAGAUAUCUAGCAGUCCAAAUUUUGAUUCACAGGACAAUGCCCUCAGUACCUCAAGUGAGACUAACUAUACAUUGAUUCAAAAGAGGGCACCUUCUGACUCAGUGCAUUUAAAGAAUGGGACUAUGAAGGAAAAACUGGUUUGCAGUUCUGAAUCUAUUACCUGUAAACCACAGCUGAGAGACUCCUUUAUUUCAAAUAGUCUGCCUACAUUUUUUUAUAUUCCCCAACAAGACCCACUGAAAACAAGUUCUCAGCUAGACACAAGUGUCCAGAGAAACAAACUAUUGGAAAGUGAAGAAACACUUCCAUCUCUUACUUUGGAUAUCAACAGGGAAGCCAGAAAGUACCACUUCCCAGGGGAAAAUCAAGUUGUUGCUUCUUUGAAUACAGAUUCUUCCAAUAUUGUGCUUAAGAAGUUAGAAAAGCUAAACACUGAGAAGGAAGAAAGGCAAAAGCAAUUGCAGCAGCAGAAUGAAAAAGAGAUGAUGGAACAGAUUCGCCAGCAAACAGAUAUUUUAGAAAAGGAGCGUAAAGCCUUUAAGACAAUUGAAAAGCCAAGAACUGGGGAGACUUUUCUGGUACCAUCUUUCCAUCAGUCAAAGCAAAGAAUAGAGAGGCCAUCCUCUCUCCUCAUCCUGAAUACCCCAAAUAAGGACGAACCCAGUGUAGUUGGGACUCCAUCAGUAACUGUAAAAGAUGCUGCUCUUGCCCCAAGAGACAGUCCCUCUGCUCACUUACCCUUGAAGGACCGACCUGUCACUCUGUUCUUUGAAAGAAAAGGAGGCCCAUGCCAAUCUAAUGCUGUUAAGGAAUUAUCCAGGACAGACAGAAUGUCCACCCAACUGAAUGUAGCCUGUAAACUCUCUAAUAAUCGCAUUUCAAAAAGAGAACACCUUAGGCCAACUCAGCCUUGUAGCUACAAAUCUGAUGACCCUUUCAGAGAUGGAACUACUAGGGCCAUUUUCUUCACGCCAAAGGAAAAUAUGAGUAGUUCCCUUGUCACCAAGGAAGCCUUAAACAGUGGAAAUCCUCAACUCCAUAAACAAGAUGAACCAGCUUGGAAACCUGUGAAGUUAACUGGGCCGGGCCAAGGAGAGCAGGUUGCCAGACCGGCCCAUAAAAAGAAAGCUCGAAUGGCGCGGACGCGCUCCGAUUUCUUGACUAGAGGUACUUUUGCCGAUGGGGAGGGGGAUACAGAGGAAGAUGAUUACGAUGACAUUAUUGAGCCCCUUCUCUCCCUUGACCAAGCUUCUCACUCUGAGCUAGGGCCUGCACCCAGCCUGGGUCAGGCCUCUCACAGUGACUCCGAAAUGACAUCACAGCGUUUUUCCUCAAUUGAUGAAGAAGCAAAGCUUCAUAAGACCAUGUCUCAAGGAGAGAUUACGAAGUUGGCAGUGAGACAGAAGGCUUCAGAUUCAGAUAUAAGACCUCAGAGAGCUAAGAUGAGAUUCUGGGCCAAAGGGAAACAAGGGGAGAAGAAGACUACCAGAGUGAAACCUGCCACCCAUUCGGAGGUUUCGGCUCUCUUUGCUGGUUCAGAUAUGAUUCCAGCUCAUCAGUUUCCAGAUGAAUUAUCUCAGAAUCAGCCAACACCUCCUUUGAGUCCAGAAUUGCCUGGGAGUUGCCGGAAGGAGUUCAAAGAGAACAAAGAGCCUUCUCCAAAGGCAAGGCGCAAGCGAAAUGUGAAGAUCAGCAGCGUGGCUUUGGAGUCUAUGCAUUGGCAAAAUGACUCUGUCCAGAUCAUAGCAAGUGCCAGUGAUUUAAAAAGCAUGGAUGAAUUUCUUCUGAAAAAGAUGAAUGACCUAGAUAAUGAAGACAGCAAGAAAGACACACUAGUGGAUGUUGUAUUUAAAAAAGCUCUGAAAGAAUUUCGGCAGAAUAUCUUCAGCUUUUAUUCAUCUGCAUUGGCGAUAGAUGAUGGGAAAAGCAUACGGUAUAAAGACCUCUAUGCACUAUUUGAGCAGAUUUUGGAAAAGACCAUGAGGCUUGAGCAGCGUGAUUGGAGUGAAUCUCCAGUCAGAGUUUGGGUCAACACUUUUAAAGUGUUUUUAGAUGAAUAUAUGAAUGAAUUCAAGACUAUGGAAUAUAUACCCACAAAGGUGCCAAAAACAGAGAGAAAGAAAAGAAGGAAAAAAGAAACUGAUCUAGUAGAAGAGCACAAUGGUCACAUCUUUAAAGCCACCCAGUAUAGCAUCCCUACAUACUGUGAGUACUGUUCUUCUUUGAUAUGGAUAAUGGACCGAGCCUCUGUUUGCAAAUUAUGCAAGUAUGCUUGUCAUAAGAGAUGCUGUCUGAAAACCACUGCCAAGUGCUCUAAAAAGUAUGAUCCAGAGCUAUCAUCUCGACAGUUUGGGGUUGAAUUAUCCCGUUUGACCAGUGAAGACCGAACUGUUCCUUUGGUGGUGGAAAAACUCAUAAACUACAUUGAAAUGCAUGGAUUAUACACAGAAGGUAUUUACCGAAAGUCUGGUUCAACUAAUAAAAUCAAGGAGCUUCGACAAGGUCUAGAUACAGAUGCUGAGAAUGUAAACCUAGACGACUAUAACAUACACGUAAUUGCAAGUGUAUUCAAACAAUGGCUUCGUGAUUUGCCCAAUCCACUCAUGACCUUUGAACUCUAUGAGGAAUUUCUUCGAGCUAUGGGCCUUCAGGAGAGGAAAGAGACAAUCCGUGGUGUAUACUCUGUGAUUGACCAGCUCUCCCGAACUCACCUCAAUACACUGGAACGCCUCAUCUUUCAUCUAGUCAGGAUUGCUCUACAGGAAGACACUAAUCGAAUGUCGGCUAAUGCUUUGGCCAUUGUAUUUGCACCCUGCAUUCUCCGCUGCCCUGACACCAUCGACCCACUACAAAGUGUGCAGGACAUCAGUAAGACUACCACCUGUGUGGAGCUGAUUGUUGUGGAACAAAUGAAUAAAUAUAAGGCUCGUCUCAAAGACAUCAGUAGCCUGGAAUUUGCUGAGAAUAAGGCAAAGACCAGGCUGUCACUGAUUCGUAGAUCAAUGGGGAAGGGGCGUCUUCGUCGAGGAAACUAUCCAUGCCCAUCCUCUCCUGUUGUAGUUCGGUUGCCCUCCAUGUCUGAUGUCCCAGAAGAGACCUUGACUAGUGACGCAGCACUGGAGGCUGACAUCACAGAACAGCAGCAAGCAGCUAUGCAGCAGGAGGAGAGAGUCCUGACUGAGCAGAUUGAGAACCUGCAGAAAGAAAAGGAAGAGCUAACUUUUGAGAUGCUUGUACUGGAACCCCGUGCCUCUGAUGAUGAAACCCUUGAGUCUGAGGCCUCCAUAGGGACUGCUGAUAGCUCUGAAAAUUUGAAUAUCGAGUCUGAAGGUGCCAUCGCUGAGAAAUCAGAGAGAAGCUUAGCCCUUAUCUCCCUGAAGGCAGCUGGCAAGUCUGAACCUUCAGGCAAGUUGCGGAAGCAGCUAAAAAAGCAGCAAGACUCACUGGAUUCAGUGGACUCUUCAGUCUCUUCUUUAUGUUCAUCUAGCACUGCAUCUUCUCAUGGGACCAGAAGACGAUUUCAAAUGUAUUCCAAAUCUCCAUUCUACCGAGCUUCCUCAGCUGGCGAGGCCCUGGGAAUGGAAGGGCCAUUGGGCCAGACCAAGUCCCUAGAAGACAAGCCUCAAUUCUUCAGCAGAGGAACCUUCAACCCUGAAAAGGGCAAACAAAAAUUAAAGAAUGUGAAAAACUCACCUCAGAAAACCAAAGAGACCCCAGAGGGGACAGUUGUGUCUGGCCGCAGGAAAACUGUGGACCCAGACUGCAGCUCUACCCAACAGCUAGCUCUCUUUGGAAAUAAUGAGUUUAUGGUCUGAACUGGCAGAUGUGUUGUCCCUUCAUGGCUACAUCUCAUCUUUGGGGCCUCAUCACCUGGUCCACAAUAUUCAUCCUAAUUGUGGUCCUGCCUCUCGCCCAAGCAUACAACCAAGACCUUGUGUGCUGAAUUCCUGGUCCUCCUGCCGAAGCGGAAAGGCCUCUUUGAAGCCUGCUAGGGAUGGUGCCAGUUGUGCCUUGGCUGCUGUAUUUGACUAGAGAUUUGACCAAACAAAGCAACCAGGGCCUGGGGAUUUGGGUCAGUUGUGGAGGUCUUUGUAGUUGCCUCUUCUCCCUCCUCUUUUCCCUUCCCAGAGGUGAGUGUGGAACUGGGGGGACAUUGUGGGCUGGAGGGACCCACUGAUUUCUGACAUUUGAAGAAAACAUAUAAAUCUUUCUUAACCAUGAAAGUGAAAUCCUUUGGGUUUAUUUUGGGAUAGUUAGGAGCUGGGGUAGAAUAUAAUUUUUUUCCAAGGAUUUAUAAACAAAAAGCCUAAGCCCUCUAUUUUAAGAUUUUUGAAAAACACUCCAUGUUAUAUUCUGGGGAAAGUGAAAAAGCAGUUGUCUCCAUUAAGCCAUCAGAGCGUGUCUCAGACAUCUGUGGUUACACAGUGAAGAGGAGAAUACAUGUUUUGCUUUUGAUGAUGUUUGAUGUCGUAAUAAUCAAUGCUGGUUUAACUGCUGGUUAGUUCCUGCCAAAUAUAUUGCAUGGCCUGAAAUUUCAGUAGCUAUACUGUUCUUAUAGCCCCUGAUUCUAGGAUCAGGUUCUUCUAAUAUUUUUUAAAUGUCCCAGAGACAUGGUGAACCCUAAACGUGAGGGUUUCAUGCUAAUCCAUCCAGGCUUUUCUCUUUGUAUAGAUUAAACUGAAGAUCAUUUAUGAACCUAUUUAUCUGCUGGUGGAUUUCCACCACGAGCUCAGACAAAUAAUGUGACCAUUUAAUCACUUCUCCCUAAACAUUCACACACAGCACUGCAUGAAUAAGUGUUACAGAAAGCUGCCAAAAAAAAAAGAGAAAAGUUUUUAAUAUGACCCAUCUAACUUUUAUCUUCUUUUCCUCAGACCAUCAGUAUUAAAUAGAUGAAAAAAAAAAUCAAGGACUACUUGAAGCUAUUUUUGUUAAUAUUCUGGUUACUGAAGUUUACUGUAAAUAUAUAUAUGUAUAGUAUGCAUAUUUCCUUUUAACCUUAUGCUACCUUGCUCCCCAUGGAAUUUCUUCCCACAGAUUAGGGGCCAUUGGAUGUGAUGGUGAGAGCCACUCAUCCCUGGGUUGAGGGAAAAGUCAGACCAUUUUUCUCACCACUGGGUGUCUCCAUAUACCUGAGUUAUGAAAGCAUUUUAAGCUUCUUAGCAUUUGUGGGAUUAGAAAUCUGUUUUGCCUAUUUAUAAUAUAUGGAAAAAUGAAACAUGAUACCCAUUCUUGAUAUAAGUAUGUGAAAAUGUUUUUUUAAACUUACUAAAUGCAUCUUGUCUAAUACCACAUGCACUGUUCUAAAAAGAGCAUUUACCAUCUGUAACCUGAAUUUUGGUUAUUCUUCCUUUUCAUACUUAUUUGAUGUGAAGUUAUAGAAAUAUUAAGACUUUUGUUAAGGCAGAGUCUCUCCUGUUACACAACACUGAACCUCAUGCCACUGCCUCCUUGGUUAUUGUUGAGCCCCAGAGGCCAGACAUGGAACAUCAUUCUGAGUGGCAGCUACAGGUAGCAGGAGGCUUACCUCUCUCUGGUUUGGGUUCAGAAAUGACCUCGGGAAAGGAAUCUUUUUAAAUCUCCAGAAUGAUGAUGGUUAGUAAGUAAAUGUUAGAUUUUAUAUCCUGCAAACAUCUGCCACCUUGUUCAUGCUGUCCUGAGGAGUAACAAAGGUAAAGCCUUUAAAAAUCUGAAUUUGAGAGUCUCCUAGAGUAAAACCCAACCCCUCAGCAUGGUGUGUCAGCGUGGGUGCCCCAGCCCCCGUGCCAGGUGCAGUCUGUCCCAUUAUUCUUGGGAGGGUGGUUUUCAGCUGGCACUAACUACUACUCUCCACUUGCUUCAGAACGUUGUUUAAAUACCAUACAAAAAAAAGAGAUUAGCCCUGUUGAAUAGUUUGCUUUGGCCCACAGAAAUGGCCUGGGAAACACAUCUUGGCACGUGGCCUCCCCUCUGAAUCUUUGUGGAGUUUUUGUUUUGUUGCUGUUGUUUUGCAAAAUAAGUUUUUGGCAGUUAAAAAACUACUCAUAUAGGUCACUUUAUAGGAACCAGGCGAUGGAUGUUAAGAGACUUUAUAAUUUUUCUCAGGGACCUAAAACCUGAAAUUGGAUAAAAUUAAAUAAAUAUUUGUUUUUCAGUUG